AUGGCGCCAGCUCCGUUUACUCCGAUCUUCCCACCUGCCGAAAAGCCGCUCCGGCAGCGGCGCCCAGACCACUUGAUAAACUCAUUCUCCCUCCCCACGCUGAUGACCCUGGGUGCCGCCGUGCAAAGCCUCCUAUUUCUCGUCCUCCCAGCCCGCUACGCCUCCCUCCCAGCCGCCCUCAUCCUCCUGCGCGCUGCCGUCAUAACCAUCCGCCAACUGACAUCCCUGGACCACUACAUCACCCAACAACGCGGCGUGAUCCCAGGACGCACCUCCGCCCAACUACCCCAAGCUAGUUACGACCCGCUCCGCACCAACGAAAAAUCCUCCUCCAUCUUCGGUUCGACCCCGGCAGGUGAGAACGUCGUAGUCUUCCUCAUCGGCGCCCGCCUGAACCACCCGCUCGGCCCCUUCUCGCCCGCGGCUAAGGGCCUAGAUGAGCAGGGGAUGGCAUGCAACCAAGACAUCCUAGACCGAGCGAAAGAACUCGGCUGUCUGGGCAUGACGACCUGCAAGGGCAACGAGGCAUCCUCACACAACAUGUUCCUGUCGGUGUUUUACUUCCGCGAUCUCGAGGGGCUGAAUCGCUUCGCGCAUGAUCCUAUCCAUCGCCGGGCGUGGGAGUGGUAUGAGAAGGAGUGCACGGCCAAGGGAUAUAAGCAUAUCGGUGUCUUUCACGAGGCGUUUUGCGUGCCCAAAGGUGCUUACGAGUCCAUCUACCUUAACAUGCAGCCGACGCUGAUGGGGACGGGGAACGCGGCGAUCCGGAAUGAGGCGACGGGGACGGAUGAGUGGGUGCGCACUCUGGUGGACGCGUCGGGCCGAGGUUGGCGCAGUCAACAUUCGCGGUUGGGCAGGGAGGUCAAGAAGCAGGCUGAGGAGAAGUAA